AAUCGUAACUAAUUUCAGGUCUUUUGCAUUGUCCUACUCUACCUCGUCCUACUAUAUAUGCACAACUAGACACCGUAGCUCUCGACGACACACACACGUCGUGCACAAACUCUCUCUUGUCCUAGCUCACUCUCUUUUCUCUUUACCACUUAGCACACGGGCACACUGCAGAUGUGGAAGUAUUAGUACACACAUGCUGUAUUGUCUGUAUUCCCACCACUACUGGCCGACGAGGGAGCAGUGACAGCUCUCCGAGAAAGAAGCAGCAUGGGUGCCACUAUCCCAACUGCUCCAAGGUGUACAGAAAGACAUCCCACCUUCUGCUGUCACACGGGAGAGCUGCCAUUCAUCUGCCACUGCUGCAGGGUAGUAUUGUCUUUGUGUGCUUGACACAUCACGCUCUUCUCCUCCUAUUAUAUCUCUAAAAGAAUAUUCUCAGCAGGUUGUUCCCUAUGACUGGAAUGUGACACAUAGCACCUCUGCAUAAUAGCUAUUAAUUUGGUGUAUGCUGCCAUAUGGACCACUGCAUACCAAUCUCUGUGUCUUACACCUAUAGGUAUUUAUACCUUCAGGAAUUUGAGUAUGCGCAGCAAUUCUUUUACUAAUGAAGCGGGGUCAGCUGAGGAGUCCUCCCGCUAUAUAAAUAAUGGACGAAAACCAUCUCUCAGAGAUAGUUCCUGGCUUUCCCCACUCAGUUCUGCAUACACCCUCUAGUUGCAGCUCACUGAGGGUGCGUUCCCUUCAUCCCUCCCCAAAGGCAGAUUGCAAAGGAUGGACAUCCCACCCAGGACUACAGAAAUAGGCCUCUCCUACAACUAGAAACUUGGCACAGUAUAUCACUACCCGAUGAAGUUGGAGAAAUUGCUAUGGCCAUUCAAGCACUGGUACAGGAAUACCCCACACAAUAAUCAUCAGUUAGUCUGUGGCCUCUCCCCUCCUGCCUGCAGGUGUGGCACCUCUCUUCCCUGAUUUAGGAGUUCUUCCCUUGUAUGCCAGUGUCUAAAGUCUGAGCUUGCUGCUUUUGACAACGUAAUGUGUUAUACAUUUUUGCAAGAACUUUGACGGAAGGACAAGUGUUUUGACUAUAGCUGGAGAUUGCACUGAAAAAAAUAGUUUUAUAAAGUAUUUGUACUUUUAGCAAGAUUUUGGGC